GUGGACACACAAGCAGGAAUAUCUCAGAAGGACAUCUAAUGUUAUCCCCGGAUUGUGACAUAAAAGAUAAUGACAGUAGACAGGAUUCUCCAGGAGAUAACCCCAUUACCACAAUUAUACAUCCAGCUCUAUCAGCUGGUCCCUCUGAUCCUGGGAAAUGUUCUCCUGAUCACUCUGAUAUUGGUGCAUCUGUUACAGCUCUGACAGUAGAUACAGUGUUUCCCUGUUCUAUAGAUGCCAAAUGUUUUACACAGAACACAAAGCCUAUUAAACCACACACAGGUAAGGUAGGUGAAAGGCCACUGAUAUGUUCAGAGUGUGGAAAAUGUUUUACAAAGAAAUCAUAUCUUGUUAUACAUCACAGAAUUCACACAGGUGAGAAGCCAUUUCCAUGUUCUGAGUGUGGGAAAUGUUUUACACAGAAAUCACAUCUUGUUAGACAUGAGAGAAGACACACAGGUGAGAAGCCAUUUUUCUGUUCCGAGUGUGGGAAAUGUUUUGCACAGAAAUCAGCUCUUGUUAGACAUGAGAGAGAGCACACAGGUGAGAAGCCAUUUCCAUGUUCUGAGUGUGGGAAAUGUUGUGUAAGUAAAUCACAACUUGUUACACAUCUGCGCAGUCACACAGGUGAGAAACCUUUUCCAUGUUCUGAGUGUGGGAAAUGUUUUGCAUGUAAAUCAGAUCUUGUUAUACAUCACAGAAGUCACAUAGGUGAGAAGCCAUUUUCUUGCUCUGAGUGCGGGAAAAGUUUUACAUGGAAAUCCAAUCUUGUUAGACAUCAGAGAGAGCACACAGGUGAGAAGCCAUUUCCAUGUUCUGAGUGUGGGAAAUGUUGUGUAAGUAAAUCACAACUUGUUACACAUCUGCGCAGUCACACAGGUGAGAAACCUUUUCCAUGUUCUGAGUGUGGGAAAUGUUUUGCAUGUAAAUCACAUCUUGUUAUACAUCACAGAAGUCACACAGGUGAGAAGCCAUUUCCAUGUUCCGAGUGUGGGAAAUGUUGUGUAAGUAAAUCACAACUUGUUACACAUCUGCGCAGUCACACAGGUGAGAAACCUUUUCCAUGUUCUGAGUGUGGGAAAUGUUUUGCAUGUAAAUCAGAUCUUGUUAUACAUCACAGAAGUCACAUAGGUGAGAAGCCAUUUUCUUGCUCUGAGUGCACGAAAAGUUUUACCUGGAAAUCCAAUCUUGUUAGACAUCAGAGAGAGCACACAGGUGAGAAGCCAUUUCCAUGUUCUGAGUGUGGGAAAUGUUGUGUAAGUAAAUCACAACUUGUUACACAUCUGCGCAGUCACACAGGUGAGAAACCUUUUCCAUGUUCUGAGUGUGGGAAAUGUUUUGCAUGUAAAUCAGAUCUUGUUAUACAUCACAGAAGUCACACAGGUGAGAAGCCAUUUUCUUGCUCUGAGUGCGGGAAAUGUUUUACACACAAAUCACGACUCGUUACCCAUCAGCAAAGUCACACAGGUGAGAAGGCAUUUCCAUGUUCUGAGUGUUGGAAAGGUUUUGCACACAAAUCACAUCUUGUUAUACAUCAGAGAACUCACACAGGUGAGAAGCCAUUUUCUUGCUCUGAGUGCGGGAAAUGUUUUUCACAGAAAUCAGUUCUUGUUAUACAUCACAGAAGUCACACAGGUGAGAGGCCACUGAUAUGUUCUGAGUGUGGGAAAUGUUUUACAAAGAAAUCAGCUCUUGUUACACAUCAGAGAAGUCACUCAGGUGAGAGGCCGUAUUCCUGUUCUGAGUGUGGGAAAUGUUUUACACAGAAAUCAUCUCUUGUUACACAUCAGAGAAGUCACACAGGUGAGACGCCGUGUUCCUGUUCUGAGUGUGGGAAAUGUUUUGCAUGGAAAUCAGAUCUUGUUACACAUCAGAGAAGUCACACAGGUGAGAAGCCAUUUUCAUGUUCUGAGUGUGGGAAAUGUUUCGCAUUUAAAUCAGUUCUUGUUAAACAUCAGAAAAGUCACUCAGGUGAGAAGCCGUUUUCCUGUUCUGAGUGUGGGAAAUGUUUUACACAGAAAUCAGCUCUUGUUACACAUCAGAGAAGUCACACAGGUGAGAAGCCAUUUUCAUGUUCUGAGUGUGGGAAAUGUUUCGCAUUUAAAUCAGUUCUUGUUAAACAUCAGAGAAGUCACACAGGUGAGAAGCCGUUUUCCUGUUCUGAGUGUGGGAAAUGUUUUGCAUGGAAAUCACAUCUUGUUACACAUCAGAGAAGUCAUACAGGUGAGAAGCCGUAUUCCUGUUCUGAGUGUGGGAAAUGUUUUACACAGAAAUCAGCUCUUGUUCCACAUCAGAGAAGUCACACAGGUGAGAAGCCGUUUUCCUGUUCUGAGUGUGGGAAAUGUUUUGCAUGGAAAUCAGAUCUUGUUACACAUCAGAGAAGUCACACAGGUGAGAAGCCAUUUUCAUGUUCUGAGUGUGGGAAAUGUUUCGCAUUUAAAUCAGUUCUUGUUAAACAUCAGAAAAGUCACUCAGGUGAGAAGCCGUUUUCCUGUUCUGAGUGUGGGAAAUGUUUUACACGGAAAUCAGAUCUUGUUACACAUCAGAGAAGUCACACAGGUGAGAAGCCAUUUUCAUGUUCUGAGUGUGGGAAAUGUUUCGCAUUUAAAUCAGUUCUUGUUAAACAUCAGAAAAGUCACUCAGGUGAGAAGCCGUUUUCCUGUUCUGAGUGUGGGAAAUGUUUUACACAGAAAUCAGCUCUUGUUACACAUCAGAGAAGUCACACAGGUGAGAAGCCGUUUUCCUGUUCUGAGUGUGGGAAAUGUUUUGCAUGGAAAUCAGAUCUUGUUACACAUCAGAGAAGUCACACAGGUGAGAAGCCAUUUUCAUGUUCUGAGUGUGGGAAAUGUUUCGCAUUUAAAUCAGUUCUUGUUAAACAUCAGAGAAGUCACACAGGUGAGAGGCCAUUUCCGUGUUCUGAUUGUGGGAAAUGUUUUACAUACAAAUCGAAUCUUCUUAGACAUCACAGAAGUCACACAGGUGAGAAGCCAUUUCCAUGUUCUGAGUGUGGGAAAUGUUUUGCACACAAAUCAGAUCUUGUUCAACAUCACAGAAGUCACACAGGUGAGAGGCCAUUUCCAUGUACUGAGUGUGGGAAAUGUUUUGCACGGAAAUCACAUCUUGUUGAACAUCAGAGAAGUCACACAGGUGAGAAGCCAUUUCCAUGUUCUGAGUGUGGGAAAUGUUUUGCACACAAAUCAGAUCUUGUUUCACAUCAGCAAAGUCACACAGGUGAGAAUCCAUUUCCAUGUUCUGAGUGUGGGAAAUGUUUUGCACACAAAUCAGAUCUUCUUAGACAUCAGAGAAGUCACACAGGGGUGCAGCCAUUUUCCUGCUCUGAGUGUGGGAAAUGUUUUUCCUGGAAAUCGCAACUUGUUACACAUCAGCGAAGUCACACAAGUGAGAAGCCAUUUCCAUGUUCUGAGUGUGGGAAAUGUUUUGCACAGAAAUCACUUCUUGUUAUACAUCAGAAAAGUCACACAGGUGACAAUCCAUUUUCUUGCUCUGAGUGCAGGAAAUGUUUUACCCAGAAAUCACUACUUGCUACACAUCAGCGAAGUCACACAGGUGAGAAGCCAUUUCCAUGUUCUGAGUGUGGGAAAUGUUUUGCACACAAAUCAGAUCUUGUUAAACAUCACAGAAUUCACACAGGUGAGAAGCCAUUUCCAUGUUCUGAGUGUGGGAAAUGUUUUGCACACAAAUCAGAUCUUGUUUCACAUCAGCGAAGUCACACAGGUGAGAAGCCAUUUCCAUGUUCUGAGUGUGGGAAAUGUUUUGCACACAAAUCAGAUCUUGUUACACAUCAAAGAAGUCACACAGGUGAGAAGCCAUUUCCAUGUUCUGAGUGUGGGAAAUGUUUUGCACACAAAUCAGAUCUUCUUAGACAUCAGAGAAGUCACACAGGUAAGAAGCCAUUUUCUUGCUCUGAGUGUGGGAAAUUUUUUGCACUCAAAUCAUUUCUUGUUAGACAUCACAGAAUUCACACAGGUGAGAAGCCAUUUCCAUGUUAUGAGUGUGGGAAAUGUUAUGCACACAAAUCAGAUCUUGUUUCACAUCAAAGAAGUCACACAGGUGAGAAGCCAUUUCCAUGUUCUGAGUGUGGGAAAUAUUUUGCACACAAAUCAAAUCAUCUUAGACAUCAGAGAAGUCACACAGGUGAAAAGCCAUUUUCUUGCUCUCAGUGUGGGAAAUGUUUUUCCCGGAAAUCAAAACUUGUUAUACAUCAGCGAAGUCACACAGUUGAGAAUCCAUUUCCAUGUUCUGAGUGUGGGAAAUGUUUUACACAGAAAUCACAUCUUGUUAAUCAUCAGCAAAGUCACACAGGUGAGAGGCUAUUUCCAUACUCUGAGAAAUAAAUCAGCUCUUGUUGCACAAAAUA